GAUUGAAGUAAAAAGGAAGGAAAAAAUGUAUACGUACACAAUAAUUGCAUUUAUAUUUGCCGCAAGUAUUGCAGAUACAACGAGAUUAAAAAGACACGAUCAAACAUGGAUAUGGCCAAAAGAAACAGACGAAAAGGAGAGUACAAACUCGACUGAUGGUAUUCAAACUUUUAUUGAAGUAACAAAGCCCAAUCCAAAUGAACUAGAAAACCCAUGUACACGUCUUCCACCUGAAAAACCUAAUUUUAAGAAGCCUGGACGAAGAAUCAGUGAAACAAAAUGCAUGGAAUAUUUAUGGGAUACUAAGGCCAGGGUGAUUAUAGAAAAGAAUGGUGCAGACUGUUUAGAAUAUUUGUUACAACUGCCAGAAGGCCGUCGUCCUUCAUUUGCUGUUGGUGGAAGAGAUACUAUACCAGGAGAAUUUCCGCAUAUGGGUGCUUUAGGAUGGAGGACUAUUAGUAAUACUUGGAUUUUCAAAUGUGGCAGCUCUUUGAUAAGUGAAAAGUACAUGUUGACGGCUGCUCAUUGUUCAAAAUCUCCUCCAGACUCUAAUCUUAUGAGUACUACUGCGGAAAUCGUAAGAUUAGGGGACAAGAACAUUCUUGAUUUUCCCCCUCGAUUGAAUGCCCAGAUGUUUGACAAGAAGAUUCUAAGAAUAAUAAAUUAUCCACUUUAUAAGAGCCCGAAGAAGUACUACGAUAUAGCUCUAAUAGAGUUAGAGGAGCCGGUAUUCUUCACAAAGUACAUGAUGCCUGCAUGCUUGUGGACCAAUCCCAGCACAACCAACAUCGGCAAGGCUACACUCACUGGAUGGGGAGUUAUUGAAACAGUUAACAAAACAACGUCUCCUGAGCUCCAGGCGGCAGUUGUGGAUGUGCUGGACUCGAGUGUGUGUGACGAACUGCUGAAGAACCACUGCAACAGGCAUUGGUGCGGGAUGCAGGAGCACCAGGUCUGUGCUGGGAAGCUGGCUGGCGGAGUUGAUGCUUGUCAGGGUGAUUCAGGUGGACCUUUACAAGUAAAAAUCCCGCUCCCAGCGUCGACGAAUCAGUCCAUGCAUUAUGUCAUCGGCGUAACAUCAUUCGGUAUCGGCUGCGCGAGGGAGAAUCUCCCAGGCAUCUACACCAGAGUGUCCAGUUUUGUUGACUGGAUCGAAAGUGUCGUUUGGCCUGAUGACUUGUAAAA